UAGUGACUGUCCUGAACAUUUUUUGUUCUUGUUCUGCCUCCUGUGGCCCCUUCUUGCCCAGAGAGGACUGUCUGCUGAGGAAAGGGAGGACGCCUGGGCUCCUGACAGCCCAGCUUCAGGCACACAUGGCAUUCAGGGAUGUUGCUGUGGACUUCACGCAGGAGGAGUGGAGGCUGCUGAGCCCAGCUCAGAGGUCCCUGUAUAGGGAGGUGAUGCUGGAGAACUACAGUAACCUGGUCUCACUGGGAAUUCCAUUUUCUAAACCAAAACUCAUCACCCAGCUGGAGCAAGGGAAGGAGACCUGGAGAGAGGAGAGAAAAUGUCCACCGGCUACCUGUCCAGCCGAACCAAAGCCAGAACUCCACCUCAGUUCUUUCUGCCCUCCGGACUUCUCCAGUCAGAAAUUGCCCACACAGCAUGUGCUGUGUGAUCAUCCGCCCUGGGUCCUCACAUGCUGGUGUGCAGAAAGGCACGUCUGGCCAGGGGAUCUGUGCCCGGGGGAGCAGGAGAAGCAGCAGCAAGCCUCUGAUCCACGUUCCUGGGGUGAUAAAGCUGAAGGUCAGGAGAGAGAAGGCACCAAGCCUUUGUUUGGAAGGACAAAGAAAAGGACUUUGGGAGCAUUGUGCAGACGACCCGAGAGGCAGCCGGUCAGCUCUCGGAACAGCCUCAGAGGGGUGGAGCUGGAGGCCAGCCCGGCUCAUCCAGGGAACCCGGAGGAAACAGACAAAUUGUUGAAGCGGAUAGAAGUCUUAGGAUUUGGAACUGUCAAUUGUGGAGAGUGUGGACUGGGCUUCAGCAAGAUGACAAACCUGCUUAGUCACCAGAGGAUACACUCAGGGGAGAAGCCAUAUGUGUGCGGGGUGUGUGAGAAGGGCUUCAGUCUAAAAAAAAGCCUUGCCAGGCACCAGAAGGCACACUCAGGGGAGAAACCUAUUGUGUGCAGGGAGUGUGGACGAGGUUUCAACCGGAAGUCAACACUCAUCAUACACGAGAGGACACACUCAGGCGAGAAGCCUUAUAUGUGUGGUGAGUGUGGGCGAGGCUUUAGUCAGAAGUCAAACCUCAUCAUACACCAGAGGACACACUCGGGGGAAAAGCCUUACGUAUGCCGUGAGUGUGGCAAAGGCUUUAGCCAGAAGUCGGCUGUCGUGAGACACCAGAGGACACACUUAGAGGAAAAGACCAUCGUGUGCAGUGAUUGCGGCCUAGGCUUCAGUGAUAGGUCCAACCUCAUCUCCCACCAGAGGACACACUCAGGGGAGAAGCCAUACGCCUGCAAGGAGUGUGGGCGAUGCUUUAGGCAGAGGACAACCCUUGUCAACCACCAGAGGACACACUCAAAGGAGAAGCCCUAUGUGUGUGGAAUAUGUGGGCACAGCUUUAGCCAGAAUUCAACGCUCAUCUCCCACAGGCGGACACACACUGGGGAGAAGCCGUAUGUGUGUGGGGUGUGUGGGCGAGGCUUUAGUCUGAAGUCACACCUCAACAGACACCAGAACAUACACUCAGGGGAGAAGCCCAUCAUGUGUAAGGACUGUGGUCGAGGUUUCAGCCAGCAGUCAAAUCUCAUCAGACACCAGAGGACACACUCAGGGGAAAAGCCCAUGGUGUGUGAGGAAUGUGGGCGAGGCUUCAGCCAGAAGUCCAACCUCAUUGCACACCAGAGGACACACUCAGGGGAAAAGCCAUAUGUGUGUCGGGAGUGUGGGCGAGGCUUCAGCCACCAGGCAGGGCUCAUUAGGCACAAGAGGAAACACUCGAGGGAGAAGCCUUACGUGUGCCGGCAGUGUGGACUAGGCUUCAGCAAUAAGUCAGCUCUCAUCACACAUAAGCGGGUACACUCAGAAGAGAAGCUCUGUGUGUGCAGAGAGUGUGGCCAAGGCUUUAUCCAGAAGUCACACCUCACCUUACAUCAGAUGGCACACACGGGGGAGAAGCCGUACAUGUGCAAGACAGGUGGGCAAGGCUUCUGCCAGAAGUCUCACUUCAACAGGCGCAGGAAGAUGAAGUCCGUCCACCAUAAACUGCCACUCCAGCCCAACUCUGAGGCCUGUUCAGGCCAAUCUUCCAACCCCCUUUACUCUCUUUAAAAUUGAAGAUGGUGGCCAGGACUAAUAGUCAAUUUUUACACUUCCAUGAAAUAGGAGUGGAAAAAUGCAUUCCAUAAAUAGUCAAAGGAUAUUUGACUUAGUUUACUUUCUCCACACCAAGUCUUCAUGUUUUGUGGCCUUUUGUUCUAAUAAACUGCUUCCUUACAAAUCCGUAA